UUAAGUAAAAGUUGGGUGGGUGAGAAAGAGUAUUAAACUUGCUUAAAAAGUGAUACUUCCAACUUCUCAAGUAUGCUCUCAAUUAUAUAAUCGAUAUUACGAAGUUUCAUUCUACUUUCUCACAUUUUUGGAUGCUCAAAGCUUCAAUUUUUCGUUGCAAAUACACUUUCCUCUUUCUAAGUUACCGUACUAUUAUCAUCCAACUUUGGAAUGCUUAUUGAUUGAGAUCGAUCCUCAAAGGUUUGGUUCUGAAGAAAUUCUCCAAUCGACAAGGUUUGAUUGAAAAUUUUAUGCUACUUUUGCUCUCAAUUAUUCAAAUUUUGAACUAAAUCUGGCAUUUUUGCUGAAUUUGGAUGUGUUUUGGUUCAGGUAUACUAUUCAUUUUUGCAUUUUAGGGUUUGGGUUUAUGCUGAACUAGCUUUAAGAUAUUGGGAUUUUUGGUGGUUGUUGAUGCAAUUAGUAGUUGAUUAUACUUGAAAAGUUCUAUAAUUUGGUGAUUUACUAGGGUUUGGAACCCGAAUUUGCUAUAAGGUAGUACUGUUGUUGCUAAGCUGAAUUUGAAUAUGUCUAGAAGACAUGAAGAUACGAGGUUGAAACCCUCAGUUGUUCCGACGAGAGAUCGUCGGGAUGAGUCGGAGCAGGAAGCUUAUUUUGCACCACGCCGUGGUGGUCCUGUACGCUCGAGGCGGAGCUUGAGUCCUCAAGAGAUGGUGGAGAGAAAUCGGCAGAGUAUGAAUCAAGAUCGAAGGAGCAGCUCACUUGAAAGGAGAGAGUACGAGCAGCACAUUGAUCGUGUUCGCGUUGGUAGUGGUAGUGGUGGUGGUGGUGGUGGUGGUGUUGGUGGUCAAAUGUUGUCUAGAUCACCUCCGGUCCAACACCCACAAAAGAGGUUACAUCUAGAUGAAAGGGCUUUCGGAACAAGUCCGACAGCUAUGAGAAUCCAUGGAAAAUCGGAAUAUCCUGAAUAUGUGGAAUGUAGUAAUUUGAAUACAAGACCCAGAAAUGUUUACAAUUAUGAUGAUCAUAUGGAUGUUGUUAAGCAGAAGGAAUAUAGUGCAAGAAGAUUGUGCUCAAGUGGGCAUCAUUCUAUGGCUGAAACGCUUCCUUUCGAGGAAGAGGAAGAGGAAGCCAUGGACAGAGAUGUUGGGUUGCGUCCUAAUUAUGUUUUUGUAUCAAGAUAUGCUGAACCUAGUGGGAACUACUCGACAACUGAUAUGCACAGAGUUAAGAAUGAGAAUGCUCAGUAUCAAAACGCAAUAUCUCAUGAAAAGAUAGCUAAGGACAUUUAUUACAAGGAUGGAGAACAAUAUGCAUAUUAUUCUAGAGAGAGUCCUUAUAUAGAUUCUCCGCUAUCUCAAAUCAAGGAUUUUGGAAGUGAAGACUUACUAAAGAAUAUUCCAAGCACCUCCUCAAGUAUUAUGACUAGGGGAGAGUAUCUAUCCAAGGUUCAUGAUGUUCACACUUUGCCACCUGAUGGGUAUCCAAAACGCUACGGAAAAGAUUUAGAACCUCUUGUUAUUGAUGAUUAUGGUCAACGUAUUAUGUCAGACUCUAGAAGAGGUUACGAACCAGUAUGUAGGGAUCCAAAAUGUUAUGCAUGUGAUGCAUACAAAUCAUCCAGGCCUGAGCGUAAAGACUAUGAAUAUCCUGAAAUCAGGGUUAGAGGGGAUGAUGAAAUUGGCUAUGCUUCCCAAGAAAAUUUGUAUACUAAGGCACAAUACACUCGUGAAGUACAUGAUCGUAGAGAUGUACUAAGACCUGAUAGGAUGGACUCACUUGUAGAAAGUAUACCAAAAGGUGAAGGUUCUCACUCUUCUCGAAGAAUCAUUAAGAAUGUUGGAGGUCGAGACUUUGAUGUUAUUCAAAAAGAGACGGUACUAGAUUAUGUGGGCACAAGAAGAUCAUCAAAUGGACUAAUACAAGCUGGGGAGUAUUUGGAUAGUGGGAAUUCUCACGUUGAACCAACUAGAAAAGCUUCAAACCAUCGUCAUAUAUCAGAUCUUGGUGGCUUACACGAGCAUGAAUUUGAGGAUCCUCAUUUGGAUUAUGGCUAUGAAAGGUAUGCACAGAUUGGUUCUGAUAGAACCAUGUUAAAGAAUUCUUCUGAAUAUAUAAAUGUGGAAUUGCAAAGAGGUACAGGAGGAUAUGAAAGAAUAAAGGCUGAUGAACUUGUAGAUAAUGACAGAGUGCUGAAGCGUAAAUAUAGUAAUGAUAAUGUUAGCAGGAUGGAUUCCAGAAAUGAGAAUGAUUAUCAUGAUCACCAGGUCGAGUGGACCAGUAGGAAAGGCGAUAUCAUUCAUCUGAAAAGACCUUCUGGAUAUGAGCGCAGCCACUACUAUGCAGAAGUAGAGCAAAUGCCUGAUGGUACCUACUUUCAUAAAGACUCUAUUAAUGAUGAUUGGACUUCAUAUCAAGAUAAAUCAGAAAGUAUUCAAGAGCAUUCUGGAAAACCAUAUAAAAUGGGAAAUAGACAUUUCAAAGGAUAUACAAAAUCUGAAUCCUCUAAAGGCUACAACCAUAUCUCCCAUUCACAUCCAAGAAAUACUCACUACAAGCAGCAAAAUCUCAGGCAAAGAAAUGAUAAGGGCAAUAAUGUAGCAAUGCAUGCACAGACUGCUGACAUAAUAGAAUAUUCCGGAACUCCUUGGAAGUCUGAUCCUUCAGAGGAUUCUGAUAGUUUUAAGCAGAGGAUACAAGCAGCUUUCUUAGACUUCUCCAAGAGAUUUAAUGAGAAUCCAACUGCUCGAAAGCUUUACAAGGAGGAAGGAAAAGCUGGUAGUUUGUUCUGCGUUGUUUGCCGCCGAAGUGCAUCAAAAGAAUUCCUAAAUACAAAGGCUUUGGCGACUCAUGCUUAUAUGUCUUACAAGGUUGGGUUGAGGCCGCAACACUUGGGUCUUCACAGAGCUAUUUGUUUUCUCAUGGGAUGGAACACCAUGUCAGACCCUAAUUCAGGCACCUGGGUUCUAGAGUUACUUCCCAAACCUGAUGCAUUGGCUCAGAAGGAGGACCUUAUACUGUGGCCCCCCAUUGUUAUUGUUCACAACAUUUCAUUGUCAAAUAAUGAUCACAACAAAUGGAAGCUCAUUAACAUUGAUGCACUUGGAGAGUUUCUAAGAGUCAAGGGUUUCCAUCUAGGCAAGAUGAAAAUCUGUCUAGGAAAUCCUGGUGAUCACAGUGUAAUCUUGGUGAAAUUCUUGGGCACUUUUUCUGGACUUCAAGAGGCAGAGAGGCUUCAUAAAAUAUUUCUUGGGAGGAAGCAUGGAAGAGUUGAUUUUGAACAAGCAAUUUCUGGAAUUGAGCCAGUUGAUGAGUUGGCACAAGGAGAUAAUCUGGUUGAGAAGGUAGAGGAUGGGCUGCUCUAUGGCUACAUGGGGAUUUCUGAAGACUUGGAUAGUGUUGAUUUUGAUACAAAGAAAAGGUGUUCGGUCAAGAGCAAAAAAGAAAUUCAUGAACUUGCAGAUGCACCAGUGAAGACUGAAUAAGUGAAGUAUCUUGUACAGCUAUAGUGGUGGGAUUAUUUCUCUCAGGACAUCGGCUUUUGAUGCAUUAACUCUCUAGCAUUAGGAAGAAUGAUGAGUUCCUGCAAGAAGGGUUAUUAGGUGAAGUUGGUUUCAAUACUUAAUAAUGUCAGAGGAAUAAGAUUCAUCAACUCUCAGAUGUAACAUAGAAUCCUGUAUAACCUCGCUUUAGCGUGUUGAGCUCAUAUCGAGAAUUUACUCCUUUCAGGACAUUGUAAUUUGCCUCUAUUUGAUUAUGCUGUCUCUUUCCUUUACUCAGUAUUAUUUAUUAUAACAGCUAUGAAUGACCAUGUGUUAAGGUCCAUGGCUUUAGAUUAUCUCGUAUGUAAACGUUCAGGAUUUUCGUUUUUAAUGCAAAGAGGGAAUGUGUGGAUUUAAGAGGCC